AUGGCAGGGUUGGGCCAGGUCCAGCUCAGUCCUCCAAGCUUGGCCGUACUGCACGGCGCCCAAGCGAGGUUCAACUGCAGCACGGCCGCGCCCUGGGUGGUCAUGAGCUGGUUCCUCAACGACAGGGCGGUGAUAACCGUUUCGGCAAAACACGGCACCCUCUCCAACAGCGUCAGCUUUACCGUCACAAACCGCACGACCACCCGCUCCACGGUGUGGGAGCUCGUGAUCUGGAACGUGACGCGCAACCACACAGGUGACGUCACCUGUGACUUCCAGAACAUUGGGAGACAAACAGCAACUCUGUCUGUCCAAGUGGCAGGGACCGUGGUCAUCGACGGCGGAAACGUCACCGGGCGGAAGGGCGGGCGCGUGCGCUUUCGGUGCCAGGCCUCCGACUGGUACCCCGCGCCGACGUUAACCUGGGCGUUAGCGGUGAACCAGGAAGUGAACAACUACACCACCAGCCACGCCGCCGCGCCCGACGGCCUGUUCCGGUCCACCAGCACCCUGGACGUCCUCGCCGUGGUGGACACGUGGGUGCAGUGCCAGGCCUCCGUGCCCGCCCUCCCCGCGCCCAAAACCCACCGCGUCUUCCUCACCGUCGGUCCUGGGGGAGACGACCAGACGGUGCUGAUAGCGGUUGUGGUGUCCGUGUUGACCAUCCCACUGCUCGUGCUACUCAUCAUCGCCCUCAUCUGCUGCUGCGUAAAUGAAAGAAAGUCCAGACGCACUGAAGACACGAGGGGUAACGGACGGUGUGGUGAGGUGGCCACGGACCGGGCGGGGCAGGGACAGAACAACCUGGGAUAUUCCUGGAAUGAGAACACAGGCGUCGCCCCGAGUGAACCCCGCAGCGACCGAGGCCCGCCGAUCUCCGCCGGCGCUCACCAGGCACCUGUCAGCAGUGGGCAGGGUGUAUACCCCGGCGAUUUCAGGACAAUCCGGCACGCCACGACCGUCUGACCCAGCCAAACGCCAAGUCCUGACAACAAACGUGUACGACAGUAAACUGCUGAAGAGGUCUCUUACCGGACGCCCACACUCGGCUGAGUUUAACGCAAUUAGAAGACGAUUUUCACCCCGAAUCUGCUGUUUCCCCACUUUCCCUUUGACAGCAAAAUGUGUAAUGACUGAGGGAGGCUUUAUCUUAAGCACACCAGAGCCCUUAACGCUCUAUAAAUGAGAUUCUCGUUGACUUCAAAAAAAACGUUCAGUCCAAUUUUCACAAUUUUUUUUAAUCAGCAGAAUUAGGAAGACAAUCACUUGAACAGUACAUUAGCUCUGUUCAUCUAUCCGCCUCCAUAAUGCAUUCAUAAUAAAAGGUCUUGUUAUUCCACCAUUACAUUUAUAUGACUCAAGCAUUUUUAUGGCGAAUACAGCAAUAGCUACAGUGUUUAAUCACAAAAAAUAAAAGCUAUGAUUAUGUUAGUAUAUUGAAAAAACAUUUGUUUUGGUUGACGGCUCCCUUGGGUUCCAAACAGAUUAUAAAGCCAGAAUACACCAAAUGCAUUUCAGGCAGCAAGUCCUUCAUCAGAACCGUAUGCUUAUGAGGCUUUAGGUUUGCUAUAAAUUCCAUCAGGUUAUGUACUAAACUAAAACUUUUACCAAUUUAUUAAUGACAGAAUAUGCCAUUACAUCUUAUAAUACAAAAUAUAUCUCCUCAUAAGCAGGAAUUUUAUUUCAUUUCAUAAAAGUGUUGUUUGUAGUCUUUGAUCAAUAGGUGAGUCUUGGUUUGAAAAUAAGCCUUUCCCACAGUCUGAGUAGCACAGUCACUAAAUUGUUCUCCUUCUCAGCUGCACUGCCUUUGGAAAUGAGUGUGCCUGGAGGCCAUUCCCUGGUUUACUGCAGAAAGGCAUAGCCCCUCUGAUUAAAUGAGCUAA